GCUUCAAUAUCAAACAACAAAACAUACCGAGAACAAGGUGGGCGUGUGAAAACACAAUUUUCUCGUCAGAGAGUGAAAUAAAGUGUCAAACAACACAACUGUAUUAAAUUCUAAAGUGAAAUCAAACAAUACAAAUAUAUAAUCAAAUAAAGACAAACCGAAAAUAAUAAGCAACACAAUUUCGGCUGAACUUGGUGGAGAACUCAACUAAAUUUUGAAAAUCAGUUAAGUUUAUUACAACAAGAAAAAUGGGCAAAGACUUCUACAAGAUUCUGGGCAUUGAUAAGAAGGCCACCGACGAUGAGAUCAAGAAAGCCUAUCGCAAACUGGCUCUUAAAUAUCAUCCCGAUAAGAACAAGUCGCCACAAGCGGAGGAACGAUUCAAGGAGAUUGCCGAAGCUUAUGAAGUGCUGUCAGAUAAGAAGAAGCGCGACAUAUUCGACCAACAUGGUGAAGCUGGACUAAAUGGCGGUGGUCCAACAGGACCAGAUGGGGCCGGACCGACCGGUAGCUAUAGUUAUCAGUUCCACGGCGAUCCGCGAGCCACAUUCGCACAGUUCUUUGGCUCAGCAGAUCCAUUCGGUGUGUUCUUUGGCGGCGGCGAUAGUAUGUUUGGCGGACCCGGUCAAAGUCAGAGUCAAGGACAGGAACAAAUGUUUAUGAACUAUGGAGCCGAUGAUAUGUUUGGCGGUGGAGGAUUCGCCUGUAAUCCAAUGGCUCAAGCAUUCCGUUCACAAUCGUUCAACGCUCAGGCACCCACACGGAAACGUCAGCAGCAGGAUCCACCAAUUGAACACAAUCUCUAUGUGAGUCUAGAAGAAGUGGACAAAGGAUGUACCAAGAAGAUGAAAAUAUCCCGCAUGUCGAUGUCAACCGGACAAGCGCGCAAGGAGGAGAAGGUACUUAGCAUUACAGUGAAACCAGGCUGGAAGGCGGGAACCAAAAUCACUUUCCCCCGCGAAGGUGACCAAGCUCCACAAAAGACCCCGGCUGAUAUCAUAUUCAUCAUACGUGAUAAGCCACACACUCAGUUCAAACGGGAGGGCAGCGAUUUGCGUUACACUGCCCAAGUGAGCCUCAAGCAGGCUCUAUGCGGAACUCCGCUGACCAUUCCUACACUGCAGGGCGAUAGCAUUGCCGUCAACACACAAGGAGAGAUCAUCAAACCCACCACCACGAAACGCAUCAGUGGGCGUGGAUUGCCCUUCCCGAAGGAGCCAUCACGACGUGGCGAUUUGAUUGUGGCCUUUGAUAUCAAAUUUCCCGAUUCGCUACCUGCGAAUCUGAGAUAUCAGUUGUCCGAACUGUUGCCAAAUUAAUGUAUGGUAGCUAAAUCGUAUCCACUAACUACACUAAUUCUUUUUUUUUUUGUAUUAUUAACUCUUAAGUAAGGCCCAAGAAGUUUCGCCAAAUCGAAUUCGGCGAAUAUGGAAUAUGUGAUAUAUAUGCAUACAUACAUUUAUAUAGAACCUCUACUAUUUUGACUAGAAACAUUUACUCCGACACAUAUUCCAAAUUCGAAUCGAUUCGAUCUGGCGGAAGAUGUAGAUGCCUAAAAUAAUAAUUAAAACCUAUUCUAGUUUCGUAUAUAUUAAAGGUACAUAGUACGUUUUAGUACCAAAAAUUAUUUAUGUUUAAAUAAUAAAAGAUGGAAGAACAUAGAAUUUAAAAAUCAAAA